CAGUUAAGGGCAGGGGGUGGAGGAGGAGGAGGAGGAAGAGGAGGGGGCAGGUCCCAGUGCUCCCAGUGCUCCAGCGCAGCUCGGGGGCUCAGCCGAGGCGUGAGGGGACACAGCGCUGCUGCUCCCGCUCCUCGCCAAUACCCCCUGACACCCCCGGCUGCCGAAACCUCGGCAGGGAAGGCAGGAGCGGCAUUCCCGGGACAGCAAUGCGGGCGGGAUGCGGGGCUCCCGUUAAUGGUUAACGGCGGCGGCAGCGCCUCCGGCCCCGCUGAAGGACAAUGAGCCCCGCGCUCGGCUCCGCUCGCCCUCCCCGCGCCGCCGAGCCCCGGCCGGCCCUGCACCAGUGGCAGCCCUGCUCUCCUGCUCUUUGCACAGCACCCAAAGGCUGACAGGACUUGAUUUGCUGCAGCUUUUUGCUCAGAUGGAUGGAAGGCUCCCACCAAGGUUGUUUACCCACUAAAUGGAUCCCUGAGGAGCUGCAGGGCGAGAAGGUUCUCCUGGGAGCUGAUUCCCUCCUGUUUUUCUUUGAGCUGCCUGAAGAACAUCCCAGGAAGAUGGAGGAGCCCUGCACCUAAGAGCCAGCUCUGCUUUCUGGAAUGCUCAGUGGGAAGGAGGCACCAUUCCAGCACGAAAUCCAGUGCAUACCAAAUUUUGAUCCCAAGUGCUUCAAGGAUAAAGACUUCAUGUAAUUGCUGUGGGAUUCACACUGCUGCACUCUCAUUCUUCUGACUGUUCCACAAGGCAAAGAUGAUCUGAAUGUUUAACUGGACUAUGAGAAGAAGACAGGAUCUGGAAGUAAAAGAUGAACCCACUUCAUGCAAAGAAAUCAAGAUUUUUAGUGUGUGUUGCUGUCUGUAUGUUCAUCUACACCUUCAUUUACCUCAAGGUUCCACUUUAUGACGAGUCAGAUGAGCAAAAAUUCCGUGUCAAAAGAGCAGAGUGUGGUUUUUACCCAGAUGAACUUUGCUCUGCUCUUUUUGUGGGGAAACCUGCGGCCUUUAAAAUUGGAAACUUUUGUCAGAAGUCCUACCAGCCCAAAGCCCUCAGCUGCAUUCAGACUUCCUGCAGCUGCUCCACAGUCCUGAAGACUUUGCAUUUUAUCACCACACCACUGUCAGAGGAAGAAGGAAAUUUCUCCUUGGCGUACAUUAUUACAAUUCACAAGGAGCUGGAAAUGUUUGUGAGGCUGCUAAGAGCUAUUUAUAUGCCUCAGAAUAUUUACUGCAUCCACAUUGAUGAGAAGUCACCCAGAGAUUAUAAAACUGCUGUACAGAACAUCGUUAACUGCUUUGAAAAUGUUUUUAUUUCCUCCAAAAGAGAACACGUUGUUUAUGCAGGGUUUUCAAGAUUACAAGCUGAUAUUAAUUGCAUGAGAGACCUCGUGAACUCCAAAGUUCAGUGGAAUUAUGUUAUUAAUCUUUGUGGUCAGGAUUACCCCUUGAAAACAAAUAAAGAAAUCAUCGAAUACAUCAAAAGUAAAUGGAAUGGUAAGAACAUCACCCCUGGGAUCGUGCAGCCCCUGCACGUGAAGCACAGGACAGAGGUCAGCUACAGGGAGUACGUGCACUCUGGAGUGCCCUACGUGUACCCAGCCAAGGUCAGGAAAGCUCAGCCCCCCCACAACCUGACCAUCUAUUUUGGCAGUGCCUAUUACAUCCUCAGCAAGGCCUUUGUGGAGUUCACCCUGAGCGACGCCCGGGCUAAAGCUCUGCUGGAGUGGUCCAGGGACACCUACAGCCCUGAUGAGCACUACUGGGUCACCCUCAAUCGUUUACCUGAUGCUCCAGGGGCUACACCCAAUGCAGGCUGGCAAGGAGACCUGAGAGCCAUUAAAUGGAAAGAUCAAGAAGGGCUCUCACACAAAGGCUGCAAAGGUCAUUACGUCAGAGACAUCUGCAUUUACGGCCUGGGGGAUCUGCAGUGGAUCAUCGAGUCCCCCCAUCUGUUUGCCAACAAGUUCGAGGCUGCCAGGGACCCGCUGGGGCUGCAGUGCCUGGAGCGCCGGCUGCGGCUCAAGGCGCUGCGCCAGGCUCGCGUGCCCAUCGAGCAGCACUGGCGCCUGCAGGAGCACAGCCACUUCAACAUGCAGCUGGACGUGUGAGCUCAGCCCCUGCCCUGCAGCUGGGCAGCAGGAACAGCAGGACAUGGGGGUGUUUACAGGCACGGCUUCGCUCUGCGCGCGAGGGGAAAGCGCGGUCCUGCAAGCCCUGAAUUUUUAUUUAUUCCGGUGGUAAUGGGUUCAUUCCCAAAAAAUGUCUGAAUUCAAGGGGAGAAGUUCAUCAUCCAUCAAGUGACUUAUUUAGCUGGAAAGUCAAUAUUCCUCAUGUCCACAGCCAAAGCAUGAAAAUAAUAAAAUGGGAGCAGUGACUGAACGAAGAUAAAAUAUGCAGAAAUAACAAAUUAAAGUCAUGGCCAGUGAAUGUCUCAUAAAAUGUUUUGAAUAAUUGAGUUGAUGCUAAAAUUUCAGAGCUUGUACAUAAGUGACAACCAGUUUAUGACACAGCCCAUGCCACUGGGGGGUGAGGGGUUGUUUUUGUUUCCCAGGGCCAGCCACAUCCCUAAUUUCAUUUUGUAGCAUGGCAACAUCACUGCUGCCCUUCCCAGGCUUUGCUCCUAAUAACAGAAGGAUCCUGGAACACAUUAUUUAUCUCCAGGUCUCUGUUCUGAGUCUCUGCAGGAGUUUAGGGCAAGGAGACAGGGAAGAUUUGAGGCUCAGUUUUCCUGUAAUCUGAGCAAAAAGCCAUUUUUCAGACAUUUUUCCAUCCCUGACUGAGAGAAGCAAAGAGCCUGCAGCAAGUGCAGUAACACCUGGACAACUCGAUUAAAAACUGCAGAUUAUAAAUAGAAAUUAAAUAAAUAAAAGGAAAUUAAUUUUAAAAUGAGCAAUUUCCAUGCAAUCUUCAAUAUGUACCCUAAACAUCCCUGAGUUUUUACAAGAAAAUUUGCUACAGAUUGAGCCUAUUCCCAAAAAAAUCAAAUGACCCAAAACCAGGACAUGAAAGUUCCUUGUUCCAAACUUAUUCCCAGGUUGCUGGAACUUUCCUCCUCAUUUUCCCACAAAUGUUUAUUGGAAACAUCAUUUCUUGCAAAUGAACUUUAACCUGAAGAAAGGCCAUCUGCUCCCUAUUUAUUUACAAACUCAACCCCAAGGCCUGUGCUUGGUUUCAUGGAUAAUCCAGGAUUUAUCCUGUGGCUAAAUAUUGCUGGAGAUCCUUUUUUUUUAUGGAGGGAAAUAAAAGCUAAAAAAGAAAAGGAAAAUAAAAGCCAGGCACGUGUUCAUGCUGAGCUUGUUGAGAGUCUCUCUCCAAACCAUUACUGAAGCUAAUGGGUGUCUGGCAAGUACUAAUCACAGCAAUAUUCAUAAUUAAUUUCUCUCCAGUCCACUGUGGGGCACUGCCAGCAUUUAUCCACUCCAUGAUGUCUUUUAAAAGGGGAAUGGAAGAUUCCUUAUUGCCAUCACUGCAGCAAAUCCAGUCUCCAGCUUCCAGCCCUGGCACCACCACGCAGAACAGUUGUUGUACAUCAUUUCCAAAUUGAAUUAAAAUGAAAAGUUCAAUAGGCAGGCACUGUAUAUCAUGGGCUCCUUUUGUAGAAAUUGAAUCAGGAAAAAAACCUGCACAAAAAGGCCUCUGCAAAUACAAUUUUGGUAUGACUUGAGCCAUGUCAGCCUAGGAUAUCUUUGCAGCAUGACUUUCUUUGCUUAAAGGAUUUUGGAUUUGAAACAAAAUUUUAGGAAAAUCAUCAUUAAACCAUUCUCAAGUAAUAAACAGUAUUCAACUCAAUACUGUGAUUACCAUAUCACCUUGAAACACACAUGAAAAGCCUUCAUGAAUUCUGUGUUGUUAUGUUAAAGAGUUGAUCAAUCACAACUUUCACACCUCAGCAAAUAUUUGCUAAUUUGGUGCCCUAAGAGCAGAAAGUGCCAAAGUGGCCCUGGAGCCAGUGCUGCACACCCAGCUCUGGACCUGCCAGCCACAGGCAUAAAAUCUGCUUCAGGAAGCUCCAUAUCUAAAUGAAACCUGGGGUUGAGUGCUUGAUAUGGCACAGAGCUGCACACUUAGGGCACUGGUUCAAGUCUGUGUUUACUGACUCUGAAAACAGGUCCAAAAUAAACUUUGAAGUGAUCCAAGAAAGUACAUUUUAAAUGUAAUCUUGUCCUUAACUUUCAAAGUGACCCCAGAAGGAUUUCCAGCACCAAUCCCAUAACCUCUGUCCUGUCCCCACACACUCCUAGGAUAUUUUACAUCCAUAGGAACUUCUCAGAGAGCUUCCAAAUUAAAGCAUCAUUUAAAUGCUGCUAAUUAGUGCUUUGGACAUAAAGAAAUAUAAAUACCACAAAGCACAGCAACCUCUUCCCUCUGCUCCUGUUCAGAAGGGUUUUACUCCCCUUCUUGGUUCUGAAGGAGAAGGGCAUCAGAACACACCCAAAAUCUGCCAAAUUUGAUCUGACCUUACUUAAUGUGUUCUCUCAGCUGGUCACCAUUGUCUUUGUGCAUCAAAUCCCAGCCAUGAGGGGAUGAGAGAUUAAAUAUUAUAUCCAUUUCAUUAUUUCUAAAAGAAUCUUUCUGAAUAUUAUGACGAAUUUCCAGCUGCAUGCUAAAUACUCAUUACUGAAAAAAAAAGCCAGGGAAAAA